GGCAGGAGUCCGGGCUGAGCCCGUCUUCGGAGCGCGGCCCCGGGCCCGGCCGUGCGCCCCCCGGCCGUGCCGCUGGGUGAACCCUGGCCCCUUUGCUCAGCCCACAUCAGGCACUCCCAGGGUACCGAGAUGGGUGGAUCCGUGGGACAGCAGCCCUGGGUCGUAGCAGCAACAGGCCUGCAGCCAGGCCCGCUAACACGAGGAUGGGACUGCAACGUGUCAGCUGGAGCAAAGCCUAAUCUCCCAGCCCAGGGCCCCGUGCCAGGAGGCUCCCAAAGAGGGGGACCAAGAUGCGGUGAGGUGUAGAGCAGAGAAAAUUCCCCCAGAACUGUCCUGCCCUCAGCACAUCUGGGGUGGGCAGGGCAACAUCCACUCCUGCCCAGGGUGCUUCCUCUGUGUGGAGCCUUGUUGGACACCAGCGUUCUGCAGCUUCCGCGCUCCAGGGAGGCGUCCAGUCGAGGUCCUGGGUGCUCAGCGCCGGUGAAGUCCUGUGGCACUCUUGGACUGGUGAGCGGGCAGAGGUGACAAGGGAAGGCUGGAAGGUGCUGCUGGGUCUGGGGUCGGGCCCCUGGAACGAGGGCUCGAUGUCGGAAGCUGUGGCCGGCCGGGGAGACAUGAAGCCAGAAGAGGGCGGCAGCGAGCCGGGAACGAGCCAGGAGCUGCUGCAGAGACUGCGGGAGCUGGAGGCGGAGAACUCGGCCCUGGCUCAGGCCAAUGAGAACCAGAGGGAGACCUACGAGCGCUGCCUGGACGAGGUUGCCAACCAUGUGGUGCAGGCUCUGCUCAACCAGAAGGACCUGCGCCAGGAGUGCCUCAAGCUGAAGAAGAGGGUCUUUGACCUGGAGCGACAGAACCAGACCCUGAGCGACCUCUUCCAGCAAAAGCUGCAGCUGACGACCGGCUCGCUGCCCCAGCUGGCCCUGCACCCGGUGCCUGCGCUGUGCAGCCCCCCGGCCAGUCUUCAGUUGGGCUCGGUGGAGAAGCUGGCCCCCUCGCUGCCCCUGGGAAGCUGCGCCCUGCCGAGGGAGGUGGGGUACGGAGGGCUGCGGGCAGGCAGCCCCGGCUUCCAGUCCAUGGAGGCGCUGUCUCCGUUCUUCAAGAAGAAAGCCCAGAUCCUGGAGGUGCUGCGGAAGCUGGAGGAGACGGACCCCCUGCUGUGCCCCCCACCCUGCCAGCUGUCUCCCUGGAGGGACCCCAGCCACUCCCCUCCCGAGCCCGGCUCCCACAAAUUCCAGCCAGUCCCAGCAGACAGCCAGAGCCAGCCGGAGUCACCGGUGAAUGGGGAAGGCCCCCCAGUCGAGCCCCUGGCCACCACCCGCGAGCUGUGGCCGUCCUGCCUGCUGCGAGCACAGCAUGGCCUGGAGGAAGCGCUGAAGUGGAAGAGCGAGGAGCGGGGGGGCCUGGAGGCAGAGGGGGGGCGCCCCCAGCUGCUCCCCCCACUGUGCUGCCAGCAGAAGAGCGAGGGCAGCUCCUCCUCCUCCUCCGAUGAGCUGGGGGAGCUGGGGGAGCCGGGUCCCGUGGAGAAGGGCCCCCCGGGUGAGGCCCCGCUGAGCACCCUGGCUGAAACGAAGCUGGACCUGGGCUUGCUGCUGGAGGAGACGGAGUGCUACCUGCAGCACUUCCUGACCGGGGGCUGCCCGCUCAACGGGGAGCCAGCCGCUGCCUACCAGCUGGAGGGGUCCCCAGGGGCGCUGGGCCCCAAGCCAGGGGUGCUGGGCAAAGCCUUGAGCCGGGACAUGCUCACCAGCCUCUCGGUCUUGGGCAAGUACGAGCCCAUGAAGCCAGCGUCGGGCCCGGCCCAGGGCAGCGCAGACAAGCCGGCUUUCGGCACAGCUGCCGGCGGCCAGGACCUGGGGCCCUUCCCGGAGCCGGCCCUGGAGCGCCAGGCCUACAUCAGCAUCUGCCUCUCCGGAGACGAGCCCCCCAAGAAGAGUGCCACGGGCUUUGCCCAGAUCUCGGCUCAGGGCAAGCCCAAGCUGCAGCUGGGCCCCCCGUCGCCGGGCAGUGGGGCACUUCCCCUGCCCUCCCCCUCCAAGAUGCUUAAGUUCCUGAAGAUGCCCACGCCUGGGGAGAAGCCCCAGGGCCCCAACCCUCUGCGCCUGAGCCCCCAGCUCACCCGCAGCUCCAAGAUCCCCUGCCGCAGCAACAACUACGAGGCGUGCCCCUCGCCUGUGCUCAGCCGCAGGGCCUCCCCCGAGGGGCCCGCGGCACCUGCCUGCCCCCUGCCCCCUGGGGCCAGCGGUCAGGCCUCCCCCAAGGCUGGCAGGCACCUGGCCCCUGGGACAGCAGAGGCCGCCGUGCACUCCCCAGAGCCCUUCGGCCAUGGCUCCCCGAAGGCCCAUGACUACGAGAAUGUCUCGGAGCUGUCGGUGGGUGGCCUGGCCUCCCUGCUGGAGCGGCCCAAGGGCUCCCGCUCCACCCCGUUGCGAGGUGCCAGGCCAGACGCCCCCCACUGCCCGCCUGAGCUGUGCCCCUACGCCCCUGCCAAGGAGGGCCGGGAGCAGGGCUCUGAGUCCCCACCGCCUGCCCGCAGGAAUGCCGGGGGCUCCGCCGGGCCCAGGAGGCCUGGGAACAGCACUGGGAAGAAGCAGCCGGAGCUGGGACACCUGCCCUUUAAGGAGCGUCUGUCGGCGCUAGGGAAGCUGAAGGGUGCCAAGGCAGGGGAGCGGAAGGAGGCGCUGGGCCCAGAGAAGAACGGCUGCCCCGGGAAGGCCAGGGCACCAGGCCGGCCCUGCGAGGAGGCGCUGGAGACCAGGGCACAGCCCCAGCCGGGCACGGGCGGCAGCCUCAAACACCAGGAGCAGUGCCAUGGCGGGGAGCCCGCCGGGCGGUGCUACUCCUCUGGCUCGGUGGGCUCCCGGCUGGAGGCCGAGACCUGUUCCUCGAAGCACUACGCCGCCAAAGCCCGCCAGCCGGGGGCGCUGUGCCCAGCGGGGACCCCCCUGGGCCCCAGGAACUCCCCCAAAGCCCCUCCGGUGCCCCCCACCAAGAGUGCCAAGAGCCCCCAUGGGAGCCCCACCAAGCUGCCCUCCAAAUCGCCCACCAAGGCACCGGCCAAGGCUGGGGCUCCCCGCCCACCUGCCGAAGAGCCAAAGCCCACUGGCCCCAAGCUUCCCCCCACGCCACCGCCUGGCGCGGGCCGCAAGCCCCCCGACUGUGCCCAGGCCCCGCCCCUGCCCAGCCGAGCUCUGCCCGCGGCCGGCGCCGGGCUGCACUCGGCCAUCGAGGAGAAGGUGAUGAAGGGCAUCGAGGAGAACGUGCUGCGCCGGCAGGGCCAGGGCAAGGGGCCGGUGGGCGAGGGGAAGCCGAAGAACUCCAGCGGCAUCGCCAGCUGGUUCGGGCUGCGCCGGAGCAAGCUGCCCGCCCCGAGCCGGCGGCCCGAGGGGCUCCCGGCCAAGGGGGAGCGGAAGCAGGGGGGCGGGGGCGGGGAGGGGAAGGUGGCGGCCGGCAAGCUGGAGGCGGAGAGCCUCAACAUCUCCAGGCUGAUGGAGAAGGCGGAGGAGCUGCGCAGGGCGCUGGAGGCGGAGAAGGCCUACAUCAACGGGCUGGCGCUGGAGAAGGGCCGGCCCCACACCUGCGGCAUCCUCGUGGGGCAGACGCAGAACCAGCUCCAGGUCAUGUACCAGGAGGUGGCGGCCGAAAACUUCAUGCAGCAGCUGCUGAACAGGGUGGACGGGAAGGAAGCCUACGAGAGCCGGCUGGAGCAGAAGAGGGAGCUCCGGGAUUUCCAGAGGGUCUCACACGACACCAAAGACCCCAGGCUCUUCCGGCCCCCACGGAACGGCAUUGUCGGUGACCUGCGGAGCUGCGAGGAGACUCCCAAGAAGAGCCCAGACUCGAAGCUCCGGGAGGAAAUCCCAUCGGACGACAGCCUGGCCGAGUCCGUGAACUCCCAGCACUUCACAGCAUGUGGCUCUCUGACUCGGACCCUGGACAGCGGCAUCGGCACCUUCCCUCCCCCCGACUACUGCAGUGGGGCUCCCAGUAAAAACCUCCCCAAGCUGAAACCCAGCCUGGACCCGCUGCCCAGCCUGGACCCGGGGCAGCCCCCUGGCAGCACCAGAGUCCCCCGCAAAGCCCGCACGCUGGAGAGGGAGGUGCCCAGCGUGGAGGAUGUUCUGGCGCCUGGCAAGCACCAAAGCAUGCCCGCGUUCCACGGUGUGCUGGCCAGCGCCGAGCCACCCCCGAGCCUCCGCGGCCACAGAGUCUGCCCCGAAGACCCCUGCAUGGAAACCGGCCGAGCGCGGCGAGUCCAGCCAAGCAAGAACUGGACCUUCCCCAACUCCAAGGCUUGCGGUGGCUCCGCGGACCCCUUCCUGUGCACGGCCCAGGACCUGGAGGGGCUGCAUGGGCUGGCUGGGAGCUCCGCGCACAGCACCGCAGAGAGGAAACGAGCCUCCUCGGAUGUGCCCCGCCUGCCGCCCCCCUCCUCACGGGCGUUCAGUGCCAGCCGGACACCCAGUGCCUCUGACGUGGGCGAGGAAGGCAGCACAGAGCUGAGGUCCAGGGACACGGGGCAGGGCCAGGUGGGCCUGGAGAACUCAGAGUCGCUCAGUGACUCUCUGUAUGACAGCCUCUCCUCCUGCGGGAGCCAAGGUUAAAGGGGGGCUGAUCUCAGGGUGCCCCUGGAGCCCCCCUUCUCGGGGGCGGGAUCAUCCGGUGCUGGAGCAGGAAGGCACUGGCUGGGAGCCCCCCUGUCCUUCCCCCGACCCCUCAAGAGCCCGAGGCACUUGGCACUAGGGCCCUUCAGAGCCCAUUACUGGCACCGGGGGCCGCAGAAUCCUGCCACUGUCUCAAACCAAGUCCUCCUCCCCCUCAACAGAGGAGCCACAGCCAAGGGCCACCACCACAUCUUCCACCCCGGACCUCUUUCCAAGCAGCCGCCUUGCCCUGGACGCAGCCCCCAGCUAUUGGGGUGCUGGGAGGGGCUGGGCAACAAACAAAUCCGCUGGGCCUGGCACCGCCUGCUGCCUGCCCAGGCUUAUCCCCAGAGGCUGGUGCAGGCGCCUGGCAUCGCAGGGCCUGUCUGCGCUGUCAUCUCAUCUCCAGGGACGUCUGCAUGGAGCCAGGCUCCCGUGCCGCCGUCCCCACCUCCAAACCCCCUCCCCGUGCGGGUCAGGAGUGGGUUCCCUGGGGCGCCUGGGGAUCGCCUGCCCGGAUUGGACCAGGGCCCCUCUCGUACAGUCUUCACCAGGGCUCAGAACCAGCCGCUGCUGAGGAAGGUGUAAGAUGCCCUGCGGUGGGCGAUUCUGGAGUAAGUUGCCAGUGGGGCGGGGAGGGGUCUCUCCUGUUGUCUAGGGCCAGACCAAUCUGUACAGCAGGGGGUGCUUUGCCCUUCUCAGGUAACUGGGUGGUCUCUUGUUCUUAGCUGCAUUGAAUGUCCAAUCCCCUUUUAACGCCUACUUUCCUACUACACCUCAACCUCUUGUGGCAGAGAGUUCCACAGGCUCGUUAUGGGGGAGGGGGAGAUUUGCUUUCCUCUGAUGCACCAGCUAUUGGCCUGUGCUGGAGGAAGGUGGGCGCAGCUGAGCAGAGUGAGUUGAUGCUGUAGAAACCAGGAGUCCUAAGCCCCUGCAACCCUCCGCCCCCGGGGUGUAAAGAGGGCUGUGAGUGGCUAGAGCGCAGGUGUUUUUAGCCGUCCCGAGUUACUGGAGUCAUGAAAUGGAACCGUGUCUCCCUCUCUCAGCAGCUCCCCUUGCUGUGCUCCCAGACCCCUCUGUCCCCUCAGCACCAGGCUGGGGUGCAGGGGCACCUCGCAGUGGUUCCCCCCCUCACCUACUAGCCAGCGCUCUUAGCCCAGCCCUGCCUACUCCCUGGCAUGGCUGCUCCUCUCUCCACUGGUGCUGGGGGGCAGACCCAUGAGCUGACCCCAGCUGGGUCCUGGAGCUGCCGUGGGGCCAGGUCGGGUGCUCCCGGCCUUUGUCUUGUGUGUGGGUCAGGGUUGCCCUUGGCUCCCGGUCCCGCUGCCUCCCCUGGCCAUGUGCCCCUUGCCUGGCUCUCUCCAAUGGUGCUAUUGCCUGUGUACAGACCCCCCCUUCCCCAGCCCCACUUCCCUUUCUCGCCUUCCAGUUGGGUUUUUUAUUCAAUGAUGCCACCCUCCCACUUUGUUUUAUUUAUAUAAGUUAUUGUGAAUCCAGCUGUUUAUUGUCUGCCUUGGUCUCCCUUCAAACAGCCAAUAAAAGGUUAAGAGCUGGCCUGGA